AUGGCCGCUGGCGGCUCUGAAGAGGAGAAGACCUACCGCCGCUUCCUGGAGCUCUUCCUGGGCGAGUUCCGAGGGCCCUUCGGGGCAGAGCCAGCCCCCUCGCCCCCCGCCGCCGGGGCAGAAGGGGAAGGGGCAGCCGCUGGGGAGGCGGAGGAGAGCGACGCCGCGGACCCCCAGCCCCCCACCCCUCCGCCGCCGCUGCCGCCGCUGCCUCGGCCGCUCUCCGAGCACAUCAUCGAGGAGGAGGUGGAGGGCGAGUGCCUGGACCUCUGCCUGCAGCAGCUCUACAAGUAUAAUUGCCCUUCAUUUUUGGCUGCUGCUUUAGCCAGAGCAACAUCAGAUGAAGUCCUUCAGAGUGAUCUUUCAGUGCACUACUUACCAAAGCAUGUGGAUAGUACAGAAGGCAUCAUACAGAUUGAGACAGUGAAGCUAGCCCGCUCAGUUUUCAGCAAACUCCACGAGAUCUGCAGCAGCUGGGUGAAAGACUUUCCACUGCAAAGGAGGCCCUACCGCUAUUAUGAGACAUCCAUCCAUGCCAUCAAAAACAUGCGCAGGAAGAUGGAAGACAAGCAUGUCUGCAUUCCUGACUUCAACAUGCUCUUCAACCUUGAGGACCAAGAGGAGCAAGCAUAUUUUGCAGUAUUUGAUGGUCAUGGAGGGGUGGAUGCUGCCAUCUAUGCCUCUAUCCAUCUCCAUGUGAAUUUGGUACACCAGGAGAUGUUUCAACAUGACCCAGCGGAGGCACUGUGUAGAGCAUUCCGGGUGACAGAUGAACGCUUUGUUCAGAAAGCAGCCAGAGAGAGCCUACGGUGUGGCACCACUGGUGUGGUAACAUUCAUCCGAGGAAAUAUGCUGCAUGUAGCUUGGCUUGGUGACUCCCAGGUGAUGCUUGUGAGACAGGGCCAAGCUGUGGAGCUAAUGAAGCCUCAUAAACCGGAUAGAGAGGAUGAGAAGAAGCGUAUUGAGGCCCUUGGAGGCUGCGUGGUCUGGUUUGGGGCCUGGAGAGUGAAUGGGAGUUUGUCCGUCUCCAGAUCUAUUGGGGAUGCUGAGCACAAGCCAUAUAUUUGUGGAGAUGCAGACUCCGCCUCCACCGUACUGGAUGGGUCUGAAGACUACCUCAUUUUAGCCUGCGAUGGCUUCUAUGACACAGUAAAUCCUGAUGAGGCAGUGAAGGUGGUGGCUGACCACCUGAAGGAGAAUAAUGGAGAUAGCAGCAUGGUGGCACACAAAUUAGUGGCAUCAGCACGGGAUGCUGGCUCCAGUGACAACAUCACUGUCAUUGUGGUAUUUCUCAGGGACAUGAAUACAGCAGUAAAUGUUAGUGAGGACUCAGACUGGACAGAGAACUCUUUUCAAGGAGGACAAGAAGAUAGUGGGGAAGAUAAAGAAAACCAUGGAGAUUGCAAACGGCCAUGGCCUCAACACCAGUGCUCAGCGCCUGCAGAUCUAGGGUAUGAUGGGCGAGUGGAUUCCUUCACUGAUAGAACUAGCUUGAGCAUAGGGUCCAAAAUUAACCUGUUUGAAGACCAACGCUAUUUAGACCUGAUGAAAACAGAAGCAAGCCAACCUCAGAAUGCCAAACAUUUGUUACCAGUUCAAGUGUUUAGUCCUGGCCUACCAAAGGGAGUCAAUAUGGUUAACGGCUCAACAGUAAAGAAUGAAUCUCCAAAAAGCACCGCAUCUUCAGUGUCUGGACUGACCGAUCCAAGGGGAUAUUCUGCUUCUCUUAGUUUGAGUUCCACAGGGCAGCAGAUUUACAGAAUGGAGGGUUUAUCUCCACACUUUUCUGGAUUGGAAAAGGAACAAUUCAGAUCCUUGGGGAAAAGAGUCUCUGCUUUCUCUCAUUUCCACUUCUAUAACGCAAAGAGGCGACGUGGAGCCAGGCUCAAACCAAAGGUUCACACAUAUCUCUUUGCUCACAAACCUUCCCAUAUGGAAGGAUUAGGUCCAUCCUUACCUGUCCGAAGUGGCAGUAAAAUUAGGAUGUUGGUAAGAAGUUCUCUGUGGUGGAGGAUGAAUAGUCACAAAGUUUAUGGUGAGAAUAUGCUCUUGAGUCGAAGACAGAGUAAUUGUACACCAGAUCCAUACCUUUAUCAGAGCUGCAAAAUAUAA